AGCACAUACACACACAACAGUCGAGCACAGCAAGGACGAGACGCGAGAGCACGACUUUGUCAACCGAACCAGACUUACAAACAUGGAGAAGAUCAAGGCCAAGUUUGCUGCCCUCCGCCAGGAACUGGAUGAGGCGCACGAGGAGCUCGAAGACACAAAGCAGAAGCUCAAGGUCGCGGAGGAUCGCGCAACAAAGGCGGAGCAGGAGGCCAUCCAAGCUGAGCGCAAGAACACGCUCAUCGAGGAUGACCUCGACAAAGCAGAAGAGCGGGCAAACACGUUCCAGACCAAGGCGCAGGAGCUUGAGAAGGAGCGCGACGACCUGUUCCGGCAGCUGCAGGUGCUUGAGAAGGCCCAAGACACGGACGGCGACCGCGUGGGCGACCUUGAGGACGAGGUGCGCAAGCUGCGCGACCACAACCUGGAGCUCGAGCGAAACUACUCCGAGGCGUCGCGGAAACUGACGCUGUGCGAGACGGACCUUGAGAAGGCGGAGGACAGGGCAGACCUGGCAGAGGAGAAGGUGAAGGCCCUCCAAGACGAGCUCACACAGACUGUCAACGAGCUGCGCAGCCUUGAGAUUAGCGAGGAGAAGGCGCAGGCCGCCGACGAAGAGAGCGGCGAGAAGAUCCGGGAGCUCAACACCCGCAUCACGGAGUUGGAGACCAUGCACGAGGAAGAGUCACGCAAGGUUCGCGAGCUCGAGAAGGCAAACGAGGAUCUCGAAGACAAGCUUGCGGAAGUGGAGGAGCAGUACAAGCAAGCGAAGAAGGAGCUGGACGAGAUUUCCGAACUGGACCUCUGAUGUUUCAUCCCUCCAUCUCCUUCCAAUCGCGUUAUUGCUGCCGCUUUGUCUCUCUCCCACAUGCGCAUGACACACCUACCUCGCUUCUUGUCCACCGCCUAUGUACUCCUCGCCCGUCUGUCUCUGCAAUGGUGGCCCAACGCAUGAUUUGUUUUGUGCUGCUGCUGCUGCGGCGUGCUCGCCUGUUGUCCUUUCUCUUUUUGUUUCCUUUGCGUUGGUUUGCGAUAGACUGCGUUGUUUUGCGUCCUGCUUGCUUGCCUUUGCUUUUCCUGAACGUGAACGUACAAGUGUGUGUAUGUGUGUGUGUGUGUGUACAUGCGUGUGCGUGUGGUUUUGUCGACCAGAAAACGUCCGUGGACUGUGUUGUGUCUUUGGGCGUGUGCGUGUAUGAGCAUGUUGAGCGCGUGGCCUUGCUGCUUUGGCGAGCAACCCACGCAAACAACCAGUCAUCAUCACACAUAAAGAAACACAGAACAAUGGCAACAAC